UCAGUUUUACAGAGACUUGACUUGCUGUAGAGAAUGUAAGAGACUACACACUUAGCUCUGAACUAACCUUUAGAUACAUUUUAAGUUUACUGGUAAACUGAAUAUUCCUAAACUAAGAAUAUCAUACUGAAAUCUGAGUAUGAGAUGGAUCAACUAUAGGGACUUUCUAAAUAUUUUUUUUUAAAUUGUAAUUUUGGUCGAAGAAGCAGCACACCUGGAGUAGAAUAAGUUUCCCAAACCACCUAUACACAGACAUAGCAUCAAAGUAAGAGAGUCUAGUGUAACUCUCCUGCUCUGUCAGGGCACAGGUGAAACAGACAGACAUGUCCACCGGCUCAGUAAGCGACGGAGAGGACAUUGAGACACGUCACAAACGGACAGACGCUCCGUUCGAAAGCAGUAAAACCAAACGGAACGUUGCACAGGACCACUACGCCUCCACCGAGUACUCAGACGACGAGUUCGGUAAUGACGGAGGUUACGAAGUCGAGACCAAGCGAACGCGCAUCACUGCUGCCGGAGGAAAACCAGUUGUGAAAGGACGCCAGAUACAGAGGAACGCUGCAAACGCCAGAGAGAGGGCGAGGAUGAGGGUGCUGAGCAAAGCCUUUUCCAGACUGAAAACCAGCCUGCCGUGGGUACCGGCCGAUACCAAACUGUCCAAACUGGACACGCUGCGACUAGCAUCUAGCUACAUAUCACACCUCCGACAGCUACUGCAAGACAACCACUACGAGAGCAGCUUUGUACACCCUGUCAACCUGACUUGGCCAUUUGUGGUAGGUAGAUCAGAGGACAACAAGGACAUUUCUGCAGCCAGACAGUGUGGAGCUACAUCAUAGGACAAGAGAGACCUCUCUCUGCUGGGACUGUCUUCUUCUACCAUGGCUGCUGGCACCCUAUUCCCUUCAUAGUGCACUAAAUUACUGCACUACAUAAGGAAUAGGGUGGAUGCCAUUUGGGACUAUUUCCAAGUAUUAUUUUUUUGUCCUAUGUCUAAUACUAUUAGAAUAUUUCGUUAUUCCAUAUCGGUGAUUUCUUUAUGGACUUUUAUGGAUCAUUUUAUUGUCGUAAACUUGCCAGGUGGAAGUGAUUGUUUCUUUUAUAUCCAAUCAGUGAUGAGAUGAGAAAACAGGACCGAAGAAAAACAAGAAACUUCAACAGCAUUGAUGUUAUAGACUGGCACACUACACUGAGUGUACAAAACAUUAAGAACACCUUCCGAAUAUGGAGUUUUUUGCCCUCAGGACAGACUCAAUUCGUCGGGGGGCAUGGACUCUACAAGGUGUCGAAAGCUUUCCACAGGGAUGCUGGCUCCAUGUGUUUCCCACAUUUGUGUCAACUUGGCUGGAUGUCUUAUUGGGUGGUGGGAUCAGUCUUAAUACAUGAGUGUGAAAAACCCAGCAUUUCUUGACACACUCAAACCCGGUGCACCUACUACCAUAUCAAAUUCAAAGAACAUCAAUAUUUAGUCUUGCCCAUUUGGCACACAUACGAAAUCCAUGUCUCAAGGCUUAAACCCGUCUCCUCCCCUUCAUCUACACCGAUUUGAAAUGGAUUUAACAAGUGACAUAAAUAAGAGAUGAUAGCUUUUCACCUGGAUUCACCUGGUCAGUCUGUGUCCAUGGAAAGAGCAGGUGUUCUUAAUGUUUUGUCCACUCAGUGUAUAUAAUCUAUUACUUAUGAUACAGGGAGGAAAUAGUUUAAUGUUUCCUCCUUUAGCUUGUGGGAAGUUUUACUUUUUUUUUUGUUUUACUUUACAUUUUACAUUUGGGGAAGAAGGAAGUCUCUAAUUAAUUCAUGGGGCAGGUGAUUAGAAGGAGUUGUUCAUUUUGAGUCUGUCCUCUCUUGCUAACCACGUCAUUGCCAGGCUACGAUCACUAUUUCGGUAGGUUGGUUAAAGUUGUGCUUCGUUUGUUUGGUAUUCACCUAAAGUCUCGUUCAAGUGUCCGUUAGUGUUACAUCUUUCUCUGACCUUCGACCUCACUCCGCCAACAGUUGAUAAUUGAUGUUUGUGUUCUUAUCAUUCACCUACAGCUGUCAAAAUG